CAGUCGUAUCUCGGGCAGCUCAGGUCAGUCAUCCGACAGCAGCGGUUCGGUGGGAUACCCUUCCAUCAACGCUCCCACCGGUGCCACCGCCAUCUCUCAUGGCUACAGCCCAGAGGAUCUGGAGAGCGAUGAGGAGUCGGACAUUGUAAUUGAGAGCAACAUCAAGCGGCCAUCACGACGAUCCAAUGCCUCGGUGGCUUCAACUGCAUCACGGUCUCAGACGCAAACGACCACCGUGACCCCACCCAGCCCCCCUACACGACCCCAAACAAGGCCGCCAUCCACAGUGUCCACAGCCUCUUUCCACUCUCAAACGAGCUUUAAUGGCACAGUGCACAAUAGUUUGAGUUACAAGUUGCACAAGGACCUUACCCUCCAACACCACCCCUACCACAGCAGCAACCCCGCUAUGCGGGAGAGUAAUGGCAGCCUACACAAAAUCCUCAGUAACCUGAGGACAGACCCCCGUCACAGCCUGGCUUUACCCAGAGGAGGGGUGGAGGAGGAUGGCACGGUCAUCACUUUAUAAUACAUAUACUCUCAUAAAAUCCAGCCCUCCCAGAGACUCUGCCUUUCAGCCUGGGACAUCAGACUCGACUUUGAA